CCUUCCUACUUAUUCUCACCUCAUGGAGUUCCACACCCCGGCCCCUUCUUUUCCUUUAUCCCUUCGAAAUACUUGCACCGCUGCUCACCCUCCUCCUCCCCAAUGCCUAUACCCCUCGUUUACAACACCGAGCACCCCUCGCCGCCACAGUCUUCUUCCGUAACACCCGAAGAGGUAAGGGAACUUCCUCCUCGGACACCCCAAUUGACAAUGCACACCAAAUAUUUCAACUCGACAACUUCACCCUCCUCACCUCCCCUCUCUCCAGCCACAACCGUGAAUGGGGUAACGGAUAGAGCUGAGCUUAUCGAGAGAAUAAAAGCUGGCCAAACUCCUACUUGGGUCCCUAACCGAUCGCAUUCGAAUUAUUACUCUAACCACAGCCCUUUGGAAACACUUUUUAUCGACGAACACCCUGACCGUCCCCAGUCUGCUCUCCACCAAGGUGUCUUUACGAAUAACGAGUCAAGGAAUUUUCAACCGUACCAUCCGUCGCCUACGUUCCCUUCCGCUUCAUCCUUUCUAAGCAGUCCGAGCACGGGUUACAGUGAAUCGUCUCUUACCACAUCCUCCCCGUUCAAUCGUUAUGCUUCCGAGCUCUACCAGGCCAGAACAAAGCAUAAAGGCCUUCCGUUCUCUUCCAACUUCGUCCUGAAAGCUGCGACGUCACCGCUGGUUCACUCUUCGAACCCUGGCAAUGACAGCAGUAGCAACGAGGGCUCACCCGCUUUGACAGCUGCGGGCGCAAUUGACAUUCAAUAUUCCUUCCCGGGUAGAGAAGGUCGACGUGUCUCCCUUCCACCGUCGUCGCUUUCCUCUCUACAACUAUCACCGACUACCCCGUCUUCAUUACGUCGUCCAAAGGGGGCUGGAUGGGGGGAUGGUCAGUCGACUUCACCACCUCUUGCAACCCGUCAUGUUCGUCGUUUCUCGGGAUUUGGGGGUUCAACAUCGGAUUUGCCGUUUGGGGGUUCUUUGGUGGGAUCAUUUGAGGAGUCUAUACUCAACGGCCGUAUGUCGACUACUCCGUCAAAACCUCUCAAUUUCGUUGCGCAGAUCGGGGUCCUCGGUCUCGGAAAGUGCAAGCCGUCACUAAGGUGCCCGACCCAUGUCACUCUUCCGUUCCCGGCCUAUUUUUAUGCCCUUGGCGAUUACGACAGCCCUUCGCCAUAUGUUGGACAAAUUGACCUCGACACAGCCCUGAAUAUUGCAAACGGAAGGUCUUCGAAGGCUCCUCCAGGCGUUGGGGGGGCAUACCGUAUUCCGCAGCGUGGACAGCUCCAGAUUGUUAUCAAAAAUCCGAAUAAGACCGCGGUGAAACUUUUCUUGGUUCCGUACGAUUUGAAGGAUAUGGAGGCAGGCUCGAAGACGUUUAUCAGGCAAAAAAGCUAUUCCGUUGGAAACCCGCUACUCUCCGACUUCGCUGGAAACAUUCCGGUGGCUAUGAAGAGGGAGAAGGAGAAGGACUCGUUGCGUUACCUAAUUCACCUGCACAUUUGCAGUCCGAGCAGGAGUCGCUACUACUUACAUAGGUCGAUCAGGGUGGUAUUCGCGAAUAGGGUCCCGGAUGGCAAAGAAAAGCUGAGGAAUGAGCUCCUAUGGCCCGAGCCCAAAUUCAGUCCCUGGAAGUCCGAGAGCUGCGCCCCGACGCCAAUUUCCUCCAGGAGACGAAGCACAAGCCUCCAUACGAGUUUCCCGGGCGCCUUAGAUUCUAGAGCAAAAGGUGCAAUGUCUCCCCCACCGAUUCCCAAGUUCAGCGCAGUGAAUAUUGAACUGGUGAGCACGAAGGGCAUGGACACCGACUCGGCGAGCGAGAUGAGCAGUGACGUGGGUGAGUACGAGAAGAUGAGUGUAUCUUCGACAAUUGGGAGGGUCGAAGGACAAGGGCUUUUGGCGAAGAAACUUAAAGGUCUGGAAGUCUUGACGACGAACAGGCCAAGUAUUAGGGGGAUGUGGGAUAUGAAGAAUUAA